AUGCCUGCCAUUAUCUCAACGUCUACACCCGAGGACUCUAUUGCUUCGAGUCCUCUUCCCACCGACGAUGAUGCGUUGGAGUCCAUUGCCGUCGUCGGCAUGGGCUUGAAAUUCCCCCAAGAUGCCGACACGCCAGAGACCUUCUGGAAAUUGUUGUUGGAUGGCCGUUCGGCCAUGACCGAGGUCCCCAAGGACCGAUGGAACAUCGACUCCUUCUACCAUCCUAAUUCCGACAGACACGAUACGAUGAGCGCACGGGGCGGACACUUUCUCAAGGAAGAUAUUACCUUGUUCGAUGCUCCAUUCUUCUCCCUCCCCCCGGCAGAAGCAGCCUGCAUGGACCCGCAGCAGAGGAGUCUUCUUGAGUGCACAUACCAUGCAUUUGAGAACUCAGGAAUUCCUAUGAACGAUGUCAUCGGAUCCCGAACAUCUUGUUACGUUGGCUCAUUCUCGCGAGAGUUUGAUCCCAUCAUGAACCGCGACCCUCAAUUGGACGCCAAGUACACGGCCACUGGGACGGGAUCAUCCAUGCUUUCUAACCGACUGAGCUGGUUCUACGAUCUGAAAGGAGCCAGUCUCUCCUUGGAUACUGCGUGCUCGAGCAGUCUGGUGGCAUUGGACUUGGCAGUGCAGAAUCUGCGACGAGGCGACAGUGAAAUGUCCCUAGUGGCCGGGUGUAACCUGAUGCUGAACCCCGACACCAACUACAUCCCCCUUUCGAAUCUGGGGUUCCUAGGCACCGACAGUGUCUGUUACAGCUUUGACCACCGCGCGAACGGAUACGCACGAGGAGAGGGCACGGCCGUCAUUGUUCUCAAGCCUUUGAAAAACGCUCUCCGUGAUAACGACACAAUUCGCGCGGUGAUCCGGAAUACCGGAUCGAACCAGGACGGCCGGACACCGGGAAUCACGCAGCCCAGCCGCGAGGCACAGGCAGCGCUGAUUAAAGAGACUUAUCUCCGAGCGGAGCUGAGUCUCAGCGAGACCGGAUUCUUCGAAGCCCAUGGCACGGGAACGCCGAUCGGGGAUCCAAGAGAAGCAGGAGCAAUCGCAGAUGUGUUCAAAGAUCAUCGAACAGAGCCUCUAGUCAUUGGUGCGGUGAAGACAAAUAUCGGCCAUCUCGAAGGUGCAUCAGGGCUGGCAGGCCUGAUCAAGUCCAUCUUCAUUCUCGAAAAGGGCAUCAUCCCGCGGAAUACAUGGUUCGAGAAGUUGAACCCCGAUAUCCCUGCCGAGGAGUGGAAAUUGUUGUUCCCGACAACAACAAUGAGCUGGCCUCGACGUGGUCUGCGGCGAGCAUCAGUCAAUUCAUUCGGUUAUGGUGGAUCCAAUGCCCAUGUCAUUCUAGAUGACGCCUACCACUACCUGGAGCAGCGUGACCUGAAUGGGAGACAUCGUACGGUCAAGGACCCCCCAUCCCUGCCAGACAGCAAUAGCUUGGUUUCAUCUAAGAAGACCCCCGAGGAGAAAAGGCACCGAUUGUUCAUCUGGUCUGCAUCGGACGAGGGCGGCAUCAAACGUCUUGCCGAUCGGUAUGAGGACCGGCUACCAGAAGUCGGCCAGGAGCCCCAGUCAUACUUGCAAGAUCUUGCAUAUACCCUCUCCCAAAGACGCACUAACAUGCCGUGGAAAUCAUUCCUGGUGGGUGACUCAGUUGCGGAGGUCCGGAACGCCCUCGCCAGUGGACUCUUGUCGCGGCCUGUUCGAUCGUCCGCCGGCGUCAACCCGACCGUGGCUUUUGUGUUCACUGGACAGGGAGCGCAAUGGUACGGCAUGGGUAAGGAGCUGUCGAUCUACCCAACGUUCAUGAAAAGCUUGCAGAACGCCGAGAAGUAUCUGUCAUUCUUAGGUUGUUCCUGGAAGGUGACCGACUUCAUAUCAGCCCAGAACGACCAGCUCGCAGCCAUGAUUGACGAUCCAGCCGUGGCACAGCCCCUAUGCACAGUCCUACAGAUCGCUCUCGUCGACCUUCUUACCGAAUGGAACAUUUCGCCGUCCGCCGUGGUCGGGCAUUCGUCCGGUGAAAUCGCAGCCGCAUACUGCGCGGGGUCUAUUUCUCGCGAGUCAGCGUACAGAAUUGCGUACUUCCGCGGCGAGUUCUCAUCAAAGCUGGCCCAUACGCAGAAAGAUCGGGCUGGAUCGAUGAUCGCGGUCGCGUUGGGACAAGAAGCUGUUCAGCCCUACCUCGACCGCAUCGACGCAGAGAUGGGCCAAGGUCGUCUGGUAAUUGGAUGUGUCAACAGUCCGAAGAAUGUCACGCUCAGUGGCGAUGGCGACUGCGUGGAUAUGGUCAAGACGCUGAUCGACAAGGACCAGAUCUUCUGCAGAAAGCUGAAAGUGCCCGUGGCGUACCAUUCCAAGAGCAUGGAGGAAUCGGCUGCCGGAUACCAGGCGUCGAUCCAGGACAUUAUCCCGCGAGACGAUGCGUUGAUGGAAACUUCGCCGGUAGUCUUCUCUUCUGUUACGGGGUCUUUGAUCUCGCCCGAUGAGCUCUCGAGCCCCGCAUACUGGGUUCGAAACAUGGUUUCUCAGGUGAAGUUCUCGCCGGCUGUUCAGGCGCUUUGCGAGACCUUGCAGGGCCAAGCACCUGACGGGGAAAGGCUUUGUCUCGUCGAGGUUGGACCUCAUGGGGCGCUUCAACGCCCAGUGAAGGAAAUACUAGAGACGACGCCGGCUGCCGAUCAAGUUGUCUACCAUGCCGCCCAGGCUGCGAACCAAGAUGCUCUCAAGUCCCUUUUGACGCUAGUUGGCAAUCUUCAUUGCCACGGUUACAACUGCGAUCUGUUGUCACCGAAUGCUCUGGGGCAAGAGGAGUUUGACGCGCAGCUGCUCGUUGACCUCCCGCAGUACCCUUUCAACCACACCCAGGGUCAUUGGCUGGAAGGGCGACUGAGUCACAACUACCGAUUCAAUGCUGUACCCAGGCAUGAGCUUCUAGGAGCCAGAGCGAUGGAUUGGAAUCCCCUCGAGCCGCAGUGGAGAAACAUCAUUAGAAUGUCGGAGCUCCCCUGGAUCAAGGAGCACUGUUUUAAUGGAUCUGAGCUUUACCCAGCCGCAGGUAUCAUGGUGAUGGCCAUCGAGGCCGCACGGCAAAUGGCAGAUUCCACCCGCGAGAUCUCCGGCUAUAGUCUUCAGGAUGUAGUACUGGAGAAAGCUCUGUUAGUGGAUCUGACGUCGGAAGGGACAGAAACAAGGGUUCACCUGCGACCUCAGAAGCAACAAUCCACCCCUGACUCCGACUGUCAUGCGUUCCAACUCUACCAAGUUGGAUCCGAGGGCUGGUCCGAAGUUAGCCGAGCGACGAUUGUGACGCAAUACAAGGGUCAGGCCGCAGGACGCAGAGAGGAUACGCGACUGCGUGAGCAAUGGGAACAUGGAGUGGGCCGUUGUACCCGAACGGUUGAUUCCACGGAUGUGUAUGCGAACCUGCAUAGCUAUGGCUUUGAAUAUGGCCCGAGCUUCCAGUGUCUAGAGAACGUCCAUUAUAAUCCUGAUCGCCUGGAAGCCGCAGCCACUCUCGACCCCCGACGAUGGACCAGCAAAGUUCCAAACAGUGAAUGGGCCCUGGAUCAUGUUAUCCAUCCCACCACCCUUGACGCCUUCAUGCAGCUGUCGGCAGUGGGCGAGUCUGGCGGAACCUGGAACCCUCUGCGCACCAUGGUGCCCUCUCGCAUCGACCGACUUUGGAUAUCUCAAGAUCUGCUGAGCCACACUCCGGAGCAACGACUGCAUAUUUUCGCAGAACCUACCUUCCGCGGAUAUCGAGACACCGUGGUCACUGCAAUCGCGUACGAUACUCGGACCGAUGAAUGUCAGAUUGCAAUUGAAGGGUACCGUGCGACGGCAAUCACAAGCCUCGAGCCACCCGCGGUGCCUCGAAUAAUUGGAUUUGACAUGGACUGGAAAGCAGAUCACAGUCUGCUGACGGACGACCAGCUAGCCGAUGUAUGUUGUGAGGGGGUCACGCCUCAAGAUAACCCCGACCCAGCAGAGAUCGAUCAAGGCGAGCUCGCCUGUCUCUUCUACACCAAACAGGCCAUCGAGGAGUUGAAUGGCUGGCUUGGCGACAAACAUCACAUCACGAAGUAUAUUGAGUGGAUGAAAAUGGAAGUCUAUCGCUAUGAGGCGGCCAGCAAGUCCCUGGCUGGGGAGAGACCCUCGCUGACAGACCGAGACUACUUCCAGCGGCUACUUCCGCAGAUCCGCCCGUCACCGGAGAUGGAUUUGAUAAAUGAAGUUGGGAAGAACCUUGCUUCAAUUCUGCGCGGAGAGAUUGACGCCCUGGAGGUCCUCUUCGGUGAAGACAACAUGGCGCAGCAUUUCUAUGGCGGGAAAACAUUCCUAUCCAGCAACAAGAAAGCGGCAAAUUACAUCGAUCUCCUAGCACAUAAGGACCCCACCAUCAAGAUUCUGGAAAUCGGUGCAGGUACUGGAGGCAGUUCCGCUUUUAUUAUGGACCGACUGGCCCGACGUGCUGAUGGCAAAAUCGGCCAGAUGCGCUGUGGCGAAUACACCUACACCGAUAUCUCCCCGGCGUUUUUCGAGGCAGCGGCCAACCGAUUCGAAGAUUACCUGCCCCGGAUGGACUUCAAAGUUCUCGACAUAGAAAAGGAUCCCGAAGCCCAAGGGUUUGAACCCGAAAAGUACGACGUCGUGGUGGCAUCGGCUGUUCUUCAUGCCACGACGAAUCUGUCGGAGACACUUCGAAAUGUCCACACGCUCAUGAAGCCAAAUGCGAAGCUGGUGCUGAUCGAGCCUUCCAAUCUGCGCAGCUUGCGUAUUCCGCUCAUUUUCGGUUUGCUGCCAGGAUGGUGGCUCAGCUGCGAGCGGACUCGAUACUGGGGGCCCCUUCUUUCACCCGACGGAUGGAUUGAUACUCUCCAGGAGGCAGGCUUCAACGGGGCGGAUCUCUCUUCCCCGGACUUCGAAGACCAUCGUCACACCAUGAGCAUGAUUAUUUCGACAGCAACUAAGAAACCCGAGCCGGUGCCUGAACUGCCAUUCCAGCAGGCUCUGAUUCUUGUCGCUGAUCAGCAGUCUUUGCAGCAUCCCUUGGUGGGUGAUAUGGAAGUUGUGGUCCGUGAUCUGGGUGUUGCGACGCGCGUGGUUGUGUACGAAGACCUGGCUGAAGUCGAAGUUAAUGAUGCCCUCUGUAUCUCCCUCCUUGAGGUUGAGCGAGGGUUGUUAGCCAACAUCCGCAAUGAAGACUGGCGCCGAUUAAAGACUCUCGUCCGGUCGGCCUGGGGUAUGAUUUGGCUUACCCGCGGCCGAGACGAUGACCCUACGAUGGGCAUGGUGACAGGUCUGAAGAGAGGAAUUGCCUCCGAGACUCCCCAAUUCAAUUUCAUCGAUCUCGCCCUACAGCCCGAUGAAGACUGGAGAAAGGCUGCUCUUCACACGCAGCGCAUCAUCACCGGAUCCCUGAGAUCUCGUGAGGUUUCUACCAAUGAAAUCGAGACUGAGUACGAAGAGCGAGGCGGCACUCUGCACAUCAACCGAGUGACUGAAGCGAACUAUUUCAACCAACACAUUGCUUCGAAAGUUGACGUUCAGGGGCCACAGCAGCGGGCAUUGACGUACAAGAAAGAGGCAAAGCCACUGUCCCUGACCAUCCGCAACCCCGGUCUCCUGGCUACUCUAGCAUUCCAAGAACAGGAAAUAAACAGUGAUGAUUUGGCACCGGGAGAAAUCGAGAUUCAGACCAAGGCCGUUGGUAUUAGUUUCAAGGACUGCAAGAUCGCCUUGGGCCAGAUCCCGGCUGACAGCCUAGGAACGGAGUUCUCGGGUGUGGUCGUGCAGGUCGGACCGGGAAUUCCAUCUGAUCUUUUGAAGCCCUGGGACCGCGUCUAUGGACUUGCCCCGAAUGCUUUCACGACCAAGAUUCGGACCAAGGCCUCGGCAGUAACGAAGAUUCCCGACGGAAUGUCCUUCGCGACGGCGGCUUCGAUCCCGUUGAGCUUUGCGAUCGCGUACCAUGCGCUAGUUAACCUGGCACGCCUGCAGACAGGUGAUUCGAUUCUAAUUCACUCCGGCGCUGGAGGGGUAGGCCAAGCUGCGAUCCAGAUUGCCAGAGCAAGAGGGGCGGAGGUGUACACCACAGCUGGGAGCGAGGAAAAACAGCAACUUCUCACCCGGCUGUAUGGAGUCCCCUCCGAUCGCAUUUUGGUCGGGCGAGGCACUUCCUCCUUGGCGCAGCUGAAUCAGGUAGUCGAUGGGGUAGACGUCGUGCUGAACUCUUGGACCGGAGACGGACUGCGCCGAUCGUUGGCAUGCCUCCGGCCAUUCGGGCGCUUCAUUGACAUCUCGUCUGGCGACAAGAAGGCGUUGGAGGAUCUUCCUAACAUUUUGAUGACCCAGAAUAUCACAUACUCGAGCUUCGAUCUGUCCCUCGCCCUUGAGCAGCCCACCUCGCUGGUCAAGGGGCUUAUGGCUUCCGUUGAGCAGUUAAUGUCGACAUCACAGAUCCAGGCACCGGGCCCGAUCAACAGAUUCCCCGCAUCGUCAGUCGAGGACGCGUUCCGGUGCGUACAAGAAGGAAAGACUGGAGGAAAGGUAGUAGUGGAGAUGAAGGAAGGGGAGCCCCUCUCGGUGAUACCGUCAACGGCAGCAAGUUCCAAGCUCCGCGAGGACGCCAGCUAUGUGAUUGUGGGUGGACUCGGAGGUCUAGGAAAGAGCACGACGCGAUGGAUGGCCGAUAGAGGAGCUAAAUACCUCAUUCUGCUCAGUCGAUCCGGAGCCAAGACCGCGGCAGCAAAGGCUUUCAUUGACGAGAUCACUGCCAGAGGAGUGACCGUGGCGGCGCCUUCGUGUGACAUCACGGAUUUCCAGUCCUUGUCAUCGACUCUGGAAGUGUGUGCCCAGACGAUGCCCCCGGUGCGAGGAUGUAUCCAGGGAGCGAUGGUCGUACGCGAUGACCUUUUCGAACCCAUGACUAUAGACGAUUUCCAUGCCACCGUGCAGCCCAAGGUCGCCGGUUCGUGGAACUUGCACCGCGCACUUCCCGAGGAAUUGGACUUCUUCGUUAUGCUCGCAUCCGCUGGAGGCAUCAUUGGAACUCGUGGACAGACCAACUACUGCAGCGGCAACACCUACCAGGACGUCCUAGCUCGCUACCGCGCGUCACGCGGCCUGAAGGCAAUGUCGCUCGACCUGGGUCUAGUCAUUGGGAUUGGAUUCGCAGCGGAGAACCGCGAAACCCUCCAACAGAUCCAUAAACUGGGAUACCGAGGAAUCAGAGAGGCAGAGUAUCUCGCCAUGUUGGACUACCUGUGCAAUGCGGAUCUGCCAAUCCCUCAAGACCCGCGCAAAGCACAGGUGAUCACCGGUCUCGAAAUUCCCGAGUACCUGCGCAGCAACACCGACUCGCGCGAGAGGCAGAACGCGCAGGAAUGGAUGCGCUGGGUCCCACGACCCCAGUUCCGCAACCUGGCGUCGCUGGUCGAUUAUGACACGUCUCGGUCCAAAGACACGACCGCCGCCGCUUCUCAGGGAGCGGACAUGGCUUUCCAGAAGGAGUUUGUUGAGGCUUUGAGCGCUGAUGAUCCGUCCACGGCCGCGCGCGUUGUGGCUUCGGCGUUGAAACACAAACUCGCGAACACUCUUCGCAUUCCAGAGGAGGACAUUGAAACGCAGAAGCCAAUCCACACGUACGGUAUUGACUCGCUAGUUGCCGUCGAGCUGCGGUAUUGGGUCUCCAAGGAAUUUCGGUCGGAUCUGAGCAUUUUCGAGAUCAUGGCGGAAACUAGCAUGGGUGAGCUGUGUCAGUUGGUUACAGCAAAGAGCCAAUUUGGUCAAAGCUAGAGAGGAUGAAGGGAUAUCCUAUAUUUGUGUCUAACUCAUUAAACCAAUGUAUAUAUUUUACUUGCGUGCGAUAGAACCAGGUGAGUCUAGGCUUAAUUUAGAUUCGCAAAUCAGUCUUUUAUUCGAAAG